AUGUAUCUGUUUGGAGGCAUUUCGCCGGGCAACGCCUCCUUGUCCAUUCCAUUUUACAAUCCCGUGGACGCAUUUAGCCGCUCCAUUGACAGCGACAUCGGCUCCAUCUCAGACAUGUGGCGCUUUGAUUUCGACACCAACCAGACAACCGCCAACGUGACCCUGCUCCUCGCCUCCAACCAAACCGAUGACUUUGUGUUGCGCAAUCGCGGGGCGCUCGUACCGCUGUCGUCCACGCAGUUGGUGCUGCUGGGCCUGUUUGGUCUGACGGAACCACGGUCCUCCAUUUCAUCCUUCAUUUACGACAUCCCAACAGGGCAAUUUGACACGACAGCCGUGAGCCCUGCUGUGGAUGACGUGGCGCUGCCUGCGCUUCUUCUUGAUGACGAUCGCCCGAGUGGCGGAUUCUCCGUCUCAACAGUCCAGGGCAUCUCAUUCAUCUUCGGCCACCUGUUUGAGUUGCGCUCUGGUGAUGAAAUGCGACUGUGGACAGCCCGUCCCAUCAGUGACUUUCGUGGCACAUCGACCAUCCUGCGAUGGCAGGCGGACGUUGCGCGCCUUCAGCCCGUCGCCCGCACCGGCGCUGCCACCAUGAGGGGACCAGGGGGCGUUGUCUAUGUGUUUGCCGGUUUCAGUGGCAUCCUCCUCUCAGACCUCUGGAAGUUUACGCCGCCCGAUCGCUGGGAGCACCUGCAGCAGCAGUCUGGAAUGCGUCCCCGUGCGCGCGUGGAGCAUACGGUAGCGCCCCUCGACAACUUCAACUUUCUCAUCUUUGGCGGCGCGGCGGCAACCUCGUGUCUGGCGGACUUGUGGCGGUUCGAUGCAAACACGGAGCAGUGGACGUUUGUGAAUGACUUUGCGAGCGAGUCAGCUGUGGCAUCUGGGUUCCGUGGGCACUCGAUGGUUCUGCACAAUGACCGCCUGCUUGUGUUUGGUGGCAAGUGCGGCGACGACAACUUCGACUCCACUGUCUUCAUCCUCGACAUUGCUGCCCCGUUCUCCGUCACCACCGUCAAC